AUGGUAGAUAUGCAACGUCACUCCUUCGAGGAAACCUCUACAGGCAGUCACAAACAUCCAUUGACUUCACACUCUCGAUCCGAGUCUUCCAGGGACAGUGGACCUGUCCAAUUAACUGAAUUUGCAACUAUCAAUUUGCCAUUCUUUGAAACAUCUACUUCUCAAUCAUCAUUGUCAAAGCCCAAGACGCAACAUGCUCUGACACCCGUCCCUCGUUCCAAAGAAAACCGGGUCUCCUCACCCAAAAGAGGUCGCAGCAGAGUGAGAACCACUGGAAAUGCAGUAGCAAGGAGUUCCUUUCGAAGUCCUAUGUCGCCUGAUAGAUUCAUUCCAAAGCGAGACUUCGUGGAACCAACAUCAACAACCUUUCGUGUGGCCAAGCAUCCGCAGCGUCUUUCGCCUCAAGAGAGACUAUUUCGACGACUUCCUCCCGGGGAUGAUCCAUUUCUACCCACAAUCCCACGUAGGGCUUAUGUUGCCAACAGACCCCAGCUGCCAACUCGACUCCAGCAGAUCCCACAUCAACGGCCUCGUCUAGUCACUGAAGGCAAUAUCACAAGCAACAACGCUGCGCAUGAAUCUUUGAGACAGGUCAGCUCCGGCGCUGUCUGGAACGUGGGUGGAGCCUCUGCAGUCCUCGAUAGUUCCCUUGUCGUGGCUCCUCAUGAAACGCCGAGCACUUCGACCAAUGGAUCAUCUGCCCCAGUCUUCGUGGCUCGGUUUUUACCCAGAAAACCCAAAUACAGUGAACAAGAAAUACAUGAGUCGAGGCUUGCGCUUGCUUUGGGAAUCGACCCGACGACCAGACAGCUAGGUACUACUUGUCUGCGGUAUCUGGAUGUCCCCCUCAAUCCAGCAUCUCCAGACUUCGAGCGCCUCUCCCCAUUUGGAUGGAAGGACAGUGCUUGGAAGCAAAUUGAAAAGGAGCGUUGGGCCUUAUCUCCUACCAGAAAAGAGGUUGUUCCACCGAAGCCUUUUCGAAUCCUUGAUGCUCCUUUCCUUCGAGACGAUUUUUACUGCAGCACUCUUGCAUACUCAACAACAUCCGGGAUACUUGCUGUGGGUCUGGGUCAUCAAGUAUAUCUCUGGUCUGAAGGUCAUGGGAUGGAUUAUCCCCCCUUUCCAGAUCUGCACCCCUCAAAUUAUGUCACCUCCUUGUCAUUUUCUUCUGAGGAUGGCGAGCGAAGCAUUCUUGCAGUGGCCAGGCGGUCAGGUCAGUUGUCUCUAUGGAGCACAUUCGAGAAGGAAGUCCGGUUUGAGAUCAGUCAUCCCAGUACCAUUACAUGUGUGACGUUUAAGCCGAGAACAUCAAGGCGACCUUCAGAACGGUUCAUGCAUAUGGAAGUCGACGUGGAAGAGAUUGUUGCAGGUGACGACUUUGGAAAUAUCUGGUACUAUUCAGUCGAGUGGUCUGACGAAGAAGAUCAAGCUAAGUGGAAUUGGAACGGGUCCAUGACGCUUCUUGCCAAGAUCUGUGCACACACUCAACAAAUCUGUGGACUGGCAUGGUCACCCGAUGACAAAUACCUUGCCACGGGUGGUAAUGACAACGCCUGCCUUCUCUUUGAGCUGGCUGAGAUUGUUUCGCCACAGCAGAUGAGUUAUAUGGUCCCACCCAUCACGCCCCCGGACUCUCCUAGCAGCUUCAGCCUCGGUGUAUUUCCAUACUUUCCUCUGAGCACCGCAAGAAGACGAUUGUUCCUUAGACGACCUGCUCUCCCAUCAUGGCUUGCUGCUCCAGUUAAGCCUCCGGCCGAAUCUGCGCUUCUAAACCAUGCAGGCACUGUGAUCUCCGGUGGGGGACGAACUAUUCUGGUCCCAUACGGCCGUCACAAGUAUCGUCUGAUGCACUCCGCUGCGGUCAAGGCAAUUGCAUUUGCGCCAUGGCAGUCAUCCCUGCUCGCGACGGGGGGAGGCACCAAUGACAAAGCUAUACACUUCUAUCACACCCGGAGCGGAGCUUGUCUCUCAACCAUCAAUGUCUUCGCACAGGUAACCAGUCUUAUAUGGAGCGAGACUCGACGCGAGAUCGCCGCUACUUUUGGUUAUGCACAGCCAGAUCACCCAUUUCGUAUCGCCGUCUUUGCCUGGCCCAGCUGCGCACAGGUGGCCGUCAUUCCCUGGGGGCCCUAUGGAACCACCUGGGAUGGCCCUGAGACUCGAGUUAGCAACUUCGACUGCGGAAGAGCACUGUGGGCAGUACGAUAUCCAGGAAAAAUCCCUCGUUUCUCGGCUACACGCUCUGCUCGGCCUGGCAGCCAGUCAUCUUCACCUUCGUCCUCGUCAGCCCAGACUGGGUCUCCAGAACAAGAGACCCCGACCCGUGGCCGCAAGGUCAGUAGCCGCAAGGUUGGUGCUAGCAUGGUCACUCCCAAGGAAAAAGAAGGUGGGAUGUGGUGCGCACGAACAAGGGAGGAGGGAUGCAUUAUUGUCGCGUCUAGUGAUCAAACUGUGAAAUUCCAUGAGAUCUGGACCGGAAGAAGAACAAGCACUGACUCUGCUUGUGGACUCUUCGGUGGAAGCGACAUUCUUGAAGGCCUUGAGGGCAUUGAGAAGUCUGGUGGUGAAGUCAUUCGUUAG